AUGACGUGGUCGCAGCACGAGGCCCCGAACCCACUCUUGUCCGAAGGAGAACCUUCCGAUCCCUCCACCACCGACUUCAACUACGCCGCCUACGUGCGCGAGCGAGCUGCCGUCAGUAAGCAGUACAUCAGCGUGGAGGAGAGGAAGCCAUCGAUGGAGCCACAGGACCCCUUCAACAUGGACGCCGCCGAGGAGCAGCUGCUGAAGAAGCCGCCGACCAGCUUCAUCGUCAUCGGCAAGCCGGGCUCGGGCAAGACGACGACGGCCAGGCUGUUGGCCGCCUGGUGGCGCACGAUCUACAUCAGCGCCGACGACCUGGUGGAGGAUAUCAUAGGCAACAAUUCCGAGCUGGGCGACAGAAUGCGGUCACUGCUGACCUCGGGCGCCUCCGUCCCGGAACAGCUGAUUGUGGCGAUGCUGAGCGAGCGACUGAAGCAGGAGGAUGUCCUGCACUACGGUUACGUGCUGGAUGGCGUGCCCUGCUUGUCGGAGAAGGUGCUGUCGCACCUGGAUCAGCUGAAGAUGUCCGAGUUCGCGUAUCAACUCGAGGCGUACAAGUCUCGCCUGAUGCUCCUGCUCGAAGACUACAUGACGAACCACAGUCCCGAGUUUCUGAUCGAGAUCGACGCCACGCUGGCGCCGCGUGCGGCGUUCGAAAGCCUCAAGCUGCGGCUGGCCGUCCUGCCGGUGACGCGCGCCCUCGUGCCCGUGCGCCUGCUGGAGGAGGGCGGCGAGCCGCCGCAGGUGACCGCCGAAGACGACCCGGACGAGAUCACGCACGUGCUCUCGCACACCAACCCCAUCUGUCUGCGCUUCAAGUGGACGCCGUCUGACUUCGGCGUGACGUGUCCGGUCAGCAUGAAGCAGGGCCGCGUCGUGCGCGGCGACCCGGCCUGCGCGGUCGGCUUCCUCAGCCACUUCUACGUGAUGAGCGGCGCCGACACGCUGGCGCAGUUCAUGCAGUGUCCGCGCCGCUUCUUGUCCGGGCCGCCGCGGCUGCCGUGUCGCGUGAUCGUCGCGCCGUACCUGGAGGAGAAGCGGGUGCAGUACAGGGAGGAGAAGCGGCAGGAGAAGCGGCAGGCGCUGGCCGAGUCCUUCGCGGAGAAGAGGAAGGCCGAGCAGGAGGAGGCAGAGCGACUGAAGAAGGAGGAGGAGGAGCGACUGAAGACGGAGGAAGAGGAACGGCAGAAGCUUCAGCAAGAGCAGGGGUCAGAAGGGCAGCCAGAUCAGAGUGCAGCGCCGAAGGUGGAGGCGGCGCUGCUGGAGUACGGCCCCGAGCUGGAGACCCUGGUGCAGGACGUGCAGCUGGAGCCGGCCGACUGGCUCCGCGUGCUCCAGGAGACGGUGGCCGAGCGCGAGCGACAGCGGCACGCCGCCUCCGAGGACACGCCCGCGCACGGCGGCUGGGUCAUCGAUAAUAUGCCCACCGAACCGGCGCUCUGGUCGAUGAUGCAGCAGGAGAAGUUCGAGUAUGACGACCUGGUCUGCAUCUGGGAUGACUCCGAUGACUUUCUGUUUCUGCAGGACUAUUUCUAUCAAGAGCACAAGGAGCAGCCGCCGCCAUCUUGUCCGAUGAUGACCGCGUACAAGGAGACUCUGGCGAGUUUCGCCCAGGACUGGAGCGCCGUGCGCAGUCUGGCCGAGCCGCGCAACUGUCCGGAGCCGAUCGUCCUGGCCCUGGACAAGGUGACACGAGCCGGCACCACGCUGCUCGGCAUCGUCAACGAGCGGAUGCAGAAGAACUUCAAAAUGCAGGCGAGAGAGCUGACCAGCGACGAGCAGCUGGAACACGACUUCGGCGACGUGGACGACGAGGUGGAGGAGGACGAAGCAGAAGCGGUGGAGGAGGAGGAUUUUGUGGAGGAAGAAAUCAAGGACGAGGCCAGCGAGGACAUCGAGGAGGCCAGGUCAGAUCUGAAGCGGUUGUACGGCGAGACGGGCAAGUUUUGUCCGGUGGUGUACUCGCAGUUCGGUGUGGCACAGCCGGGCCGGCGAGACUUCGCUGUCGGCUACCGCGGACAGCUGUACCUGACCAGCUCGCAGGAGGCGAUGGAUGCGCUGGUGGCUGAGCCGGAGCGCUACAUACCGCGCGACGCGUGUCCUGCGCCGCCGCCGCUGCGGCUUGUGCUCCUGGGCGCUUACGGCUCGGGCAAGUCGGGCCGCGCGCAGCAUUUGGCCGAGAGCUGCGGUGUCUUUUGCAUUGACUACCGGGAGCGGCUGCAGGAGCUGAUGCAGCUGCUCGGCCGGCCACGGCUCGGCAAGCACUCCAAGAUAGAGGUGGCCGGCGAGGGGGCCAUCGCCGAGGACAUCCAGGACGUGCUGGCCGAGACGGUGGAGGUGGAGGCGUACUUACAGGAGGAGCUGCCCUCGCUCUCGCCCGACUCCCUGGACGAGAUCGUGCGUGAGUGGUGGGAGAAGGAGCCGUUCAAGUCGGUCGGAUUCGUGUUAGAGGGUUUUCCCGCGACACCAGACGACCUCAGCUACCUCACUGAGCGUCAUCUGUUUCCGGACGCAUUUGUGGUCUUGGUCACGGACCCGGAGCAGACGGUGGAGCGCCUGCUGAAGGGCUGUAUGGAGGAGUGGGAGAGACAGAUGGACGCCUUCAAGGCGAGCCUGAACAAGGCUCAGGAGGAGAAAGCCUCUGAACGCUUGAGGGAAAUUGAGGAGAGACGAAAGGAGCUAGCGGAAGACAUCGAAGCGAAGAAAAAGCAGCGCGAAGAAGAACGUUUGCUACAACUGCAACAGGCGGCGGCUGAGGAAGGAGAUGAAGAAGGUGACUUGACUGACGACGAGCCUCCAGAGGGAUCUGAUGCGCUUACACUCGGGGAAGAGGGAGGAGAGGAAGAGGAGGAAGUGGAUAUAGAACAGAUAAUAUCAGACGAAUUCCCCGAAAUUGAAGAUAAUGAAUUGUCGUGGGAGACAAAGGAGGAAGCCAAAGAGCGCAUUUCCGACAUUCUCAGACAGUGGCAUGAAGACGACACUCAGGCACUCGAAGCCCUAAGAGAAGUGGCAAAGGAGGCCAACAUCCCCUGGCUUGAGGUCGACGCGAGGAAGCGCGGUCACAUCGUGGACUACACGCUGGCCAAGGCGGUGGAGAAGUACACCAAAUACCGCGUCGGUCUUAUGCAGCGGGCGUACCCCAUCGGCACCAACAUGGCCGCCCGCCUGCUCGACACAGGCUACCGCCAGCUGAGCAAGUUCGGCAAGCAGUGUCCCGUGACGCUGCUGGAGCGUGGGCUCAUGAUGCCGCCGUUCAACCCGACCCAGAAGCGCCCGUACCCCGUCAUCUUCCGCCGCCACAUCUACUACUGCGUCAACAGCGAUGCGCUGGACAAGUUUGUGGCAAACCCGACGAUGUACACGGCGCAGAAGGCGCCGCUCUACCUCAUCCCGAGCCGGGUGGCUGUGCUCGGGCCGCCCAAGUCGGGCAAAACGGCCGUCAGCUGCGGCCUGGUGGCCCGCUACGGCCUGCAGCGCGUGUCACCGGGCGAGGCGCUGGCCGAUCAGUACCGCCGGCUGCACGACAACGUCGUCACGGCGGACGCCGACGCCAGCCUCUGGGCGGUGGAGAACACCGCGCGCGAGGCGCUCGAGGAGCGCCUCCGCGGAAUCUACCGGUACCGCGAGUGCACGGCGGCAGGCCGCGCGGCGCCCGUCGGCGCGCUGUGCAUCACGCCCGACGAGCUGGCGGUGCGGCUGGGUCCCUACCGGCACUACUGCCCCGUCUGCUGGCGCCAGGGCCGCCUGGUCGACCUCAGCGCCGACCGUCGGCUCGCGCACACCGUCGAGCUGCAGGCGCGCUUCUACCGCACCUACGUCACCGGCGGCCACCGGUAUGAGGCGCUGGUGGCCGGCUCGGACAAGCUCGCUGUCGGCUACCUGCAGCAGGUGUACCUGUGCGCGUCCGAGGACGCGCGCGAGAAGUUCAUGCAGGAGCCGCGUCGCUACUGCGCCUGUCUGCGCGACGACGUGGAGCGCUUCACGACGCUGCUGGACCGGCCGAAGGAGGAGAUCUACCAGGGCGACUGCUGA